CGACGCAUGACGUGUUUUGGAGUCGUCGUGUCAAAGACCGUGGUUGCGGCUCGCUGACGUACAGUAUCAAACGAUUUUGAGCAGCAAAACAAAGCCGUAAACAUGGCCAAGUACCUGCACGACUUGGCAUCGUUCGCCUUCACAGAGCAAUGCAUGAAAGAGUACUUCCACGACUUGAACUUCGCCCAUGUCGGCUGCUUCAAGGCAACAUUGAGCAAAUUUUUAGGAUUGGGAAUCAUUGCAGGCUCGAUACUAGUCAAAGUACCGCAGUUGUUGAAGAUUUUCCAUGGAAAGAGUGCUAAAGGAAUCAAUGUGGCUAGCGUUUUGCUGGAUCUGUUCGCUAUCACAGCAAUGGGUUCUUACAGUUAUGUCAGUGGCUUCCCUUUCAGUGCUUGGGGCGAUGCUGUAUUUUUAGGUCUGCAAACUGUAGCAAUAGUCUAUCUGGUUAUGAUGUAUAAUAUUGGUGCAUCAAUCGCUACAGCAUUUUUGGCUGCGUAUGCAUCUGUGAUAGCAGCAGUUGCAAUGAAUAUAGCUCCUGCUGAGCUUCUUUGGUAUGGACAAGCUAUGAAUAUUCCUGUUGUUUUAGCUAGCAAGCUGAUGCAAGCUUACACAAACUAUUCCAAUGGCAGUACUGGCCAAUUGUCUGCUGCUACUGGCUUCAUGCUAUUCUUUGGAUCACUUGCCAGAAUAUUUACUUCUGUACAAGAAACUGGAGAUUCCACAAUGAUCCUUUUGUACAUCUGUUCGACUGCAGCGAAUGGAGUUAUCGUUUCGCAACUCUUGUACUACUGGAACGUUCAAGAGCAAGCAGCCGUCAAGUCAAAGAAAAAGAAGUAAUCUGCAUUUUAAAACGAGCACUGACUAAUUUGUACCAUUCCACGUCAUUGUUUCAUCGACAAUGGGUACAAAUUUUCCUAUUGUCAAUUUAAUGCCCAUUUCAAGAUUAGCAAUGAUAAUAGACAUGCAAUUAUACGUUUGUAAAUAUCUGUGAAUAAUUUUAAUUGUCACGUUUGUUUAUUAAAAAAAAAAUAUAUUACGCUAUUCAUCUCCAUUGCGGGAUGGUUCAGACAAUAAAAAAUGUUUUAACAAUGA